AUGAAUUAUAAAACGACUGAGGCAAGAUUUUCCUAUGCUAUGGAGCUAGAAACUGAAACAUUUUGCCAAGAAUACCGCACAAAUAAAGGUACAGUUGUUCAGCCAUAUUACUGGCUAGCAACGAACCAAAGAUGUAUUGACUGUCCUUAUCACAUACGGACAGGUGAAGAAGCAAGAGUCCCUCAUGUAGAGUUUCAUAAAGCUUUUGGAUUUCCCUAUGGGCCAGUGCACCACCAAAAUAAACAUCUUCUCUUUUAUGAACUGAGGCACAUAUCAGGUAAACUAAUUCAAAAGGGCCGUGCCACGAACUGCACAGAGUACAACAUUCAUCCGGAGUCAAUGUUAUUUGAACCGGGAGGUUAUCUAGACUCAGUCAUAUGUAAAUGUGAGAAAGCUGCAUAUAUCAAUCUUUAUUCAAAUUAUUCCCCUUGCAAUGAGGCAGAGCAUGGCUGCAUCAGCAAAAUCUACAGCUUCUUGUUGAAGUAUCGAGACAUCACCCUCUGCAUUUAUUUCUCACAGCUGUAUCACACAGAUGAGAAUUUCCCAGUGUCCAUCUGGAACUGUGAAGCUUUGCACAGCCUCGCCAGCAUGUGGCCCCAGGUAGCACUGAGCCCGCUGUGUGGUGGGCUUUGGCACUCGCUCCUGCACAAUUUCGUGGCUACUACGCCAUGGGCAAGUCCCUACCAUCCAAUUCUGCCUGCAAGAGCACUGGCUGACAGGCAAAAUGCACAACAAAUUAACAGCAUAAGAAGAAUGUCGCUUCCUUCUAUGAAGACACCGCAUCAGCCAUUCUAUGGAAACUCAGAUGUUGCACAAAAUCUGCAAAAGUCCUCCUUCGCAUCACAUUCUCAGUAUCCAGCACAUAUGAUGAAUGCCAGGUUGCCCCCACUGAGAAAACCCCCUCCCCAUUUGAUACCACCCAUUAAUGUUAUCCCCUCUUUUGGACAACAACUGUUACGCCCCAAACCCAGAAAUAUUGUCAGGCACUUAAAAAUGCCAGAUGAGUCAUUAAGGAAAGCUCAACAUUUGAAAAUAAUUCCAGAGGGAAGAUCUGCUCACGUGGAAAGAAUUAUUGAGCAAUUUCCAGAAAACUAAGUCUGCGGAGCAUGAAGGCCACAGAAAGAAAACGGAUUAAAUCAGCUGGUCUAAAAAUCGAACACAUGGUUGCACAGUUCACUUGGCAGGAAUGGCUACCUAGGAAAUACACAAUGAGCUGGAGAACUGGAGCUAAUUUGCAUG